UGUGUAGCGAUAAUCGUUUUAGAAAAAGCGACGAAUUAUUUUUUAAGUACAAAUAUUUGCAAUGAAUUCCUCGAAAAGUUUUUUUGCUGUUGGCUUUACCGCCCUCUGUUUUUUCACAUAUUCUUACGCCAUUAAAUGUUACAGUUGUGAAAGCCAGAGUUCAUGUAAUAGUCCUAGAAAAGUAGAAUGUAACUAUCAAUUAGCCAAUGACACUCGCUCAUAUUUGAAUAUUCAUCACACCGAAGUUAAUCCCAAUACAACAAGUCCUGAUAUGGAAUGUUUGAGAGAGAAUAUUAAGAGCAAUCAUGGAGAAUAUUUUUAUAAAGGAUGCAUCUAUACAAACAUAAAGGCUUGUCAAUUGCCACUGCGUGAGAUUCAUUCCCCAAAUAGUACUCACCAUGAAUGCGAUAUGUGCAACUUUGGGGAUUUUUGUAAUCCUGCAGGUCGCACCAGCUUUAACAUUUUUGUCCUCGUAGACACAAUUAUUAUGGGAGUAAUAGCUCGCUAUAUUUGGAAUUAAAAAAGAAGGGGCACUUUAGCCUGACUUUAAA